AUGGACAAGAAGCCACAGGAACCCCCGGUCGAGCAAAUUCAUAUCAACAAAUCACCAGCCACUGGUCAAGAGAUUGGUCUUGCAGCUGUCAUGGGAGUGUCAUCUGGAUAUGCUACCAAGAAGAUUGCUAAAGGGUCUGCCCUGGUGCUUGGAUUGACUUUCAUUGGAUUUCAAGCACUCUCACACACUGGAGUCAUUCAAAUAAACUGGAACCAAAUUGAGAAAUACAUGGUUGCUCGAGUAGAUCAGGACGGAGACGGCAAGCUCACUUCCAGAGAUGUACAGUUAGCUGCUGGAAGAUUCAUUCAUUUGUUGAGCUCGGAUUUACCCUCGUCUGGUGCUUUUGCUGCUUCUUUCUGGCUCGGUUUCCGAUACGGUUAA